UGUACAUGUACUGUACGUGCACGCCGCAUACACCCGGCCCCAUGUGCACAUCGUAAAAUGAAGUAGAACUUGAACUUGAAGGAACAAUCAUUAUCCCACGUUGGUGAGCACUUUCAUCGGCAAACAUAUCGUUCUUGUUCUCAAACCACAGUUUCUUGGCGAUGGUGUUAAUAUUCCCGCGUUUUGUUCUUCGGCAUGGUACUUCGUGUGUGGUACUGAUAGGUCCUUUUUGAAGUUUCGGCAACCAUGCCAGCAGGCUUAUGGCCGUAAUCAAAACUAUCAACUUGGUUGGCACCACUUCAUCCACAACAGUUACUAGGCAGCAUUUCAAGAAUUGUAAUCGUUGGAGAAGAAAUGACUACCGAAAUGAAACGCAAAUCCAAGUGGGACUUGCCCAAAACGGAGGAGGAAGAGCCGGGGGAUCAAGGGUCCAGCCUGGAGGCUGCGUCUGCCGCAGCGGCCAAGAUCAACGCCAUGUUGAUUGCUAAGGGAAAGCUGAAGUUGCCACCGGCUGUGGUGUCAUCCGCUCAACAAGCUCCCAAACAAAAGGUACCAAAGACAAAAGAAGAGCCAAUCAUAGCGGAGGUAGAGAUCAACGAUGUUCCCUUGCAAUGCAGGAAUCUGCUGACUCGAGGCUCCACCCAAGAAGAGAUCAGUAAAAUGAGUGGUGCUGCAGUAUCUACUAGAGGACGGUUCAUGUCGUAUGCCGACAGAGCGAAAAACAAUAUGGGUGAGAGGCCAUUGUAUUUAUGUGUGCAGGGGCUGACAAAGGAUUGUGUAGAUAAAGCCGUUCAAAGAAUCCGCAACAUUAUCGACGAGAGCAUCAGUAAGUCGAAGGGGAGGAGUAAAGGCAAGAGUCGACUCUUUGGGCAGAUGGAGCCCCCGUCAGCUGUCACUACAACGCAACCACUCCUCAGUGGAUCCUUUGUUCCGCAGCAAGCGCCGCUGAUAUCUGUUCCACCAACUCCGACACCCCCAAUGCAAACCGCGUCUUACAUUCAAGAAAAAGUGUUUGUCGGCCUGGAGCACGUACCACCUUCAUUCGGUGUCCGUGAGAAAAUUUUAGGACCAGGGGGAGCAUUUAUCCAGCACAUCCGCUCAGAGACGACUGCUAGUGUGUCCUUGCGAGGCCGGGGGUCGGGAUAUUUAGAGCCGUCGUCGGGACGCGAGGCUUUCGAGAACCUGCACAUCUACAUCACCCAUCACAAAUUAGAGGGAGUGCUGGCCGCCAAAAAGCUCUGUGAAAAUCUCAUACAGACCAUACAUGCCGAGUACAAUAAGCAUCAGAGUCAGCCUAUCGCCCCUGCCAAUCCGGUCAUCCGUAUGGUUGUCCCACCAAGUGCUGCUCAACAAAGUGUUCAACAUGUACCGGCUAGCCAGCCCAGCCAGAUAGUCUACACUGUCCCUUCAUCAGUAGGGGUGAUGUACCCACACCUACAGCAAGUAGCAGCUCAGCCAGUUGCAGAUCAGCAACAGGUCCAAAAGACAUUAAUGGUGCGGCAAGUUGCCAUUCCGAGGCCUGUACCCCCACCGGUCCCGCUAGCUACGCCAGAAUCCAUACAACAGCAGGUUCAUCAACAGCAACAACGGAUACAGCAACAGGAGCAACAACAAAUAUUAAACGCACAGUUGUCCGCUGCUCAGACCGUGGGCCUUAUACGAGUGCCGGGUGAAACCCCGCCACACUCCAUCAUUCAGGGAACGCCGGCCGUGCUGGUGCAACACCCGCCCCCGACACACCCACAGAUUCUGCCCAACCCCCAGCAACAGAUCCAGCAACAGAUCCAGCACGAAAUUCAACAAAAGAACAUGCAGGGGCAGCAUAUACAACAGCAAGUACAUCACAUGAAGCACCCGCAGCAGUUGCCGCAGAGGCCACCGCUGCUACCGGGCUCGCAUCUUCCUCAGGCCGUACCCAGCCAAGUGGGACAACCACCAAAGCGACAUUUUCGGGAAGAGGUGCCAGAAGUGGCUGCGGAAGAUGCGCUUCUUGGCUAUCAGCAUGGUCCUCCUCAUUUAACUAAUCUAGGUCCGGGCAGGCAGCUUGUAUCUGUAGCACAGGCCAUUGCGGGACCGGGCGAGCCUCCGGCGCCGGCGCCACUUCAGAAGGGGCCAGUGGGUCCUCUAGUACCCCCGCAGAGGAUGCCUAUGCCUGGUCUACCGUCCGAUGCACGGAUUUUAAUGCCACCACCACCGCUUCCGAUGAUGGGUCCCCCUUCAGCUCCAGGCGACAUCGACAAACAUCUCAUGCCCCCGCCUUCUCUCCCACCUGCCAAGGGUGGUAGACUAGCCCUUAUGGACGAACCUCCGCAAAAACGCAGCAAGGGGCUCGUAUCGUACGAUGGCGGUGAUUCCGAUGACGAUGAAGACAUUAUUCGAUCUCCACAGGCGCACAGCCACUUCCAGCCUAAUACAGGAUAGCUUCCCUCAGUUUUUGUUUUUUAGUUAGAGGCCUUGGUUGAGACGUUCUCGAGAUGUACCAUUCGACAGGCCCAGCUGUAGAGAUUUAUUGGAAUAAACUUGGAUGAUGUGUGACCAUUCGCGAGAGCACCAGUGUGAAGGACAAACGUAAUAGUACUCUCGCAUUGACCCAUGUGACCUGGCCUGCAUCCGGAAAGCCAUCAUCGGCAUUGUAGUAGGCAAAGAUCGUAUAGAGCUUUUCACCACGUGUAGUAGGUAAUAGGCAAGCCUUCAAAGCUGUGAUGGAUGCCAAAAACUGUGAAAAAAAAACACGUAGCCAACACCCAGUGCUGGGUCGGUACGAUUAUUAACAACCGUACAUGGCACAUGUAGUGACCAUGUGAAUGAAAGAUAUCUCGUAAUGAGUUGUGCGGUUCUUAGAAGAACCAGUUGGUUUAACUUGACGUUUCGAACAGUAUGCUCUGCUUCUCAUCAGGAGACACAACUGGUUCUUGUCAGAACCACACAACUCACUACACGCAAUCAACUGGUUCUCAAAACCACGCAACCCACUAAGAGAUAUCUUUCAUUCACAUGGUGUUACCGCAAACCUCCCAUUCAUUGAUCAUGUCCACCAUGCAAAUCUUUUAAGUUUUAUUGUGCCAUUUGAUAACAAAUUCAUGGUUAUUUUAAGUAAAAGUAAGCCCUUCUGCCUAGUUUACAACGUGACGUGGUUGCGAACCAAACACUUGCCUACUGCAAUGAUGGCUGAUCACAGGGAAACCAGACGGUCACCAGGUACCUUGACGUCAUACGAUCGGACGCUAUUGAGGGAAACGUACAGGGAAAGUGCAUGAUUGGCACGGUUUUGUGGGGACAGUGAAUGUUGUUGGGACAGUCCAAAGACCCUACAAGCUUGCCAAGCUUUUUGUUUGUAACAGAAAACGACUUUCCCAUAAUGCGGGCCCAGUUCAGGCAGUAGCUCAUGUGUGUUUGGCACAAAGUAGGCCCGGCCAAUUUUCAUCUGAAGGUGCAAAAUACAGUACUACCGUCUUUGUGUGUGCGUAUAUGGGCAGUUGCAUUGAAGUGCUUUGUGUUAUGUCUCUAAUGACAAUGAAUUAGCAAAACUUAUGCAUGAGGACUACUGAUGAGUUUCAAAGACAUUGACAAAACGGGGAACUGCCAACAACAUAAGGCUGGAUAGGAUAGUUCAGUUAGUACAGCUUCGGAAUGGCAAUCCAGAGGCCGCAGGUUCAAACCCGGCUCCAGUCGAUUUCUUUGUUCAACUUUAAACUUAGUUUCAAAAUAGCAUCAAAUCAGCCAUUGUUGGACAUUUUGGAACUUUUGUGAUAUUUUUUUAAAUGUCGAUAUUUGGACGGGUCCUUUGUUACAGAGAAUGGUUUCACAACUUUCAAGGUAGGCUGCUAUAGAAGAUAGGCUACUAUAGAAGAAAGGUGGACCCCUAACGGUGAACAAUUUCCAAAAAUUAUAUGAUUCUUUCACGCAAGGCGUAGCAAUGUCGUGGACUGACAGGGCUCUCGUCAAGUCCAUUGCAAGUUCAUCCCAGGUCCGAUGACAGGUCCAGUCACAAGUAACAGUGGAUGAACUCGGGCCCGUCACCAAGGGGGGCCUGGUGGGGCCGGGCCCCCCUUGGCGAGCACUUGCCCCCCCCCCC